AUGUGCAAACACUGUCUCAAGCUGAGGGAUGAGGCGAGCCAGGCGCACCCGAACGACGACGAGGAGGACGGUGCCCACCGUUCCCAGCAGCAGUACACCUGGCUGGCGUACAGUCCGAAAAUUUUAAUGAACCUCGCCCCGGCCGUCAGAAGCAUGUUCCCUGCCAUAAUCUGCGGCAAGCGUGCUGUGGACAGGAGUGUGGUCAGCCUGAUGAGCGACCGACUCAACGCUGUCUCGAUGAGCAAGGUGCAGAGGCUGCUGCAGCAGGGCCACGAUGAGUGGUACGUGGAGCGUCGGGACCUGUACCAGACUCUCCUGUACGAUGCCCACACGUCGGCGGCUGGAUCGUCUUCAUCUCAGCAAGGCAUCCUGUCGUUUGCCAGAGCAGCCGGCACUUACACCCCUCCCAUCGCCCCGUCUCCCCUUCCGUCUGCUCCGGUCCUGAGGCGUGCACACCUGAUUCUGGAGAUGGAGAAGAUGCCCGUGUACAGGGACCAAAUCCUCAGUACGACUGGGGAAAUCUUGUGCAUCGACGGCACGAGGAAGAUUCUCAAGAAGAUCUACGGCGACGGCCAGGGCACCAUGCAGUACGUCACCAGCGUGCUGAAUGAGUGGGGUCAGUUCUUGACCACAGUGGUGGUGGCAUCCGAGUCCGAGGGCUGCUACGCACGCAUGGCCAGAGGUCUGGUCGCCCGCUUUCGCCGUGCCAACGCUCCUGCUCCAAAGGUGGUGUACGCGGACAACAACUGCUGUCGUGACAGCGGUUCGUCGUUUUUGGAGAAUCUGUUUGGUGACUGGGUGAAGAGGGGUACCGUCAUCAGGCUGGACAUCCGCCACUGGCUGCACCGCUGGGACGCUGUCGUGAUCAAGCAGAGCCACGCCAAGUACGGGGCUUUCAUGAGUGCCAUGGCGGGUGCCGUGCUCGCCUACAACAAGGCAGACAUGAUGCUCCUGGUCCAGGCGGUCAGGAACGGUAACCCAGAGCUCUACGGCAGGUACUCUGAUGAGGAGAUGAUGGCCUUCCUCAAGCCUAAUCAGAUCAGGUCAUAUGUAAGACGUAUUACCCGUGGGGUUGUGGUAAGUGUGGCUUUCAUAUUCACAUAUGUGAUGCGAUCUGGGAAACCCACUACAUGGUGAUAUUUUACAGGAACCUGGUUUCAAGCCCUUUCCAAAUCAGUUUUUAUUUCUUUCAUUGUUUGUCUGUAGCAAAAGUUAUGGUUAUCUGAAGUUAUCUGAUCACUAUGAUUUUCAGAAAUGGAAUUUCUGGUUUAACGCAAAACAGGUUUAACGCAGUCACGUCCUGCUAGCGGGACGAUUGGCACUGUGUUUAUUGCCUAUUUUUCAUAUCACAUACUUUAGUAAUCAUCAUAGAUUAGGUAUCAUUCGAGAGCUUAUGAACUCAAAAUUCAUCCUGUGAAAACCGUUUUGAAAAUGGACGAUUGAGAGGCGAGCAAGAUCUUUUAAGCGAGCAGCUUCAGACGCCGUUGUUCUCUUGUGCUCUGCAUCUCACGCGUUGGAUCCAUUUUUUU